AUGGACAAUGGGAUGUUCUCUGGUUUUAUCAUGAUCAAAAACUGCUUUCUGCUCAGCAUUUCUAUGAGUUUAGUCAGUCAUUUUGGCUUCUCACAGAUGCCAACAGCUUCAGGGAAAUAUGAUACCAAUGACAACAUCACCAUCUUCACUAGGAUUCUGGACGGCCUGCUGGAUGGAUAUGAUAACAGGCUUCGGCCAGGCCUGGGAGAGAGAAUAACAGAGGUGAAAACAGACAUCUUUGUCACCAGUUUUGGUCCUGUGUCAGACACCGAAAUGGAAUAUACUAUCGAUGUUUUCUUCCGGCAAAGUUGGAAAGACGAAAGGCUUCAAUUUAAAGGUCCCAUGCAACGCCUGCCUCUGAACAACCUCCUUGCCAGUAAGAUCUGGACUCCAGACACCUUUUUCCACAAUGGUAAAAAAUCUAUCGCCCACAACAUGACCACUCCUAACAAGCUUCUGCGCCUUGAGGAUGACGGGACCCUCCUCUACACAAUGAGAUUGACCAUCUCUGCUGAAUGCCCCAUGCAACUGGAAGACUUCCCCAUGGAUGCACAUGCUUGCCCGUUAAAAUUUGGAAGUUAUGCUUAUCCCAAUUCCGAAGUGAUCUAUGUGUGGACUCACAGCCCAGCGGCAUCCGUGGUAGUAGCAGAAGACGGUUCAAGGCUCAACCAGUAUCACUUGAUGGGGCAAACUGUCGGUUCUGAGAACAUCACUACCAGUACAGGUGAAUAUACCAUCAUGAGAGCACACUUUCACCUGAAAAGAAAGAUUGGCUAUUUCGUCAUCCAGACAUACCUUCCUUGUAUUAUGACGGUGAUCUUAUCCCAAGUAUCGUUUUGGUUAAACAGAGAAUCUGUCCCUGCUAGAACAGUCUUUGGGGUGACUACAGUCCUUACCAUGACAACUUUAAGCAUCAGCGCCCGCAACUCUCUACCAAAAGUGGCCUACGCUACCGCAAUGGACUGGUUCAUAGCCGUGUGCUACGCCUUUGUGUUUUCUGCACUGAUUGAAUUCGCCACAGUCAACUAUUUCACAAAAAGAAGCUGGGCCUGGGAUGGCAAGAAGGCAUUAGAGGCUGCCAAAAAGAAGAAAAAAGAGCGUGAAUUGUUGGCAAGCAGAGCCAUGAACACUUACCCUGCCGGACGGAUGACCCCCACCUUAAACUUACCAAAGGACUCUUCCCCUGCAGUAAUCUCCAAUGCCGCUCCCAUUCCGGUCAAGCCCGCCGAAAAACCAGCCGAAAACAAAAAGACCUACAACAGCAUCAGUAAGAUUGACAAGAUGUCCCGGAUAGUAUUUCCGGUCCUGUUUGGAACUUUUAACUUAGUCUAUUGGGCUACGUAUUUGAACAGGGAACCUGUGAUCAAAGAUGCUUCUUCAAAAUAGA